UUUAUAUACUGAAUGAAGGGAGUGACUGGGAUUGGGGAUGACAUUAUCAACGAAAGCCCAUCAUUCUUCUGUUACGUGUAGUACCACACAGGUUUCGUUGAAUAAAACUAUUGAACAUGGAUGAAAAAUUUUGCACACGAAAGACAUCUGGUAUUCUUAAAUUAGAUAAUAUAAAAACUAGUAAACAAUUAACAUCAUCAAUUGAUAUUCUACAACCAUGUCCUUCUCAAGAAGAGUUUUCUUCAUCAUCAGCAGUAUCCCCGCAAUUGUCAGUAACAUGGGCAUUUCCACCAAAUGAAAGGAACUUUGAAUCGGUGGAUUACAUUUUCCCUAUGAAGAUGGAUGCAGCUGGUGAGAGCUUUAUCAGUAAACACGACAGCAAAGCUAAAAUACAAGAAGAAAAUAACGAAGAUUAUUCCACGAGCCUAAAUGCAAUUAUUCAAAGAAAGGCCAGUGUUAAAAGAAAAAGAGGAUCCAGAAAUCAUCGUCAAAGUUCUAAAUCUGGUAGUCAAAUAAUGGGGAUAGUAAGUGGGGACAGACGGCGAUCCAGUGUAUAUACAACAAGUUCAGGGGAGACUGCAAUAACGUUUGAAGAAUCCAAAGAUGACUCUAUGCAAGACAAAAUAUUUGAAAAUAUUCGACUUCAUAAAGAGGUACUACAAUCCGUCAAAUUCGAACCAUGGAGCAUGAAACGUAAACUAAGGCUUGUUAAGCAAGCAAAAAGCUACAUCACACGUCAUGAGGGCGCAUUACAAGAGCAUUUCACCUCACGGACAGCAAAAAGUUUAUUAGCGCAAUUCAAUAUUUUUUUAUUAACAAAGUGGCGCAUGAUGAUCCGCGAAGUAACUAAUGUAUCAACUUAUCUGAUCCCAUGGGAAUCUAGAAUAAAGGAAAUUGAAUCUCAUUUUGGAUCAGUUGUUGCAUCAUAUUUUACAUUUUUAAGAUGGUUGUUUUGGGUAAACGUAGUCAUAUCACUGUUAUUAAUAGUGUUUGUGAUGGUACCAGAAGAAAUAUACGUCGAUUCUAGCAAGAUUAAAUGUGAUAUUCGAAAAACUAUGUCUCGCCAAGAAUAUGCAGCAUCGGCUAAUUUUAGUACGAUAUGGGAGUUUGAGGGUAAACUAAAAUAUUCCGCUCUAUUUUAUGGCUACUAUUCAACCUUUUCCGGUGCAAUCGCAUGGGGUUACAAUUUACCAUUAGCAUAUUUUUUAACAGGACUAGUUGUCUAUAUUUAUAGCUUUGUUGCAACGCUUAAAAAGAUGGCGAAAAACUCAAGAAUGUCUAAACUUUCAUCAAAGGAGGAUGAAUAUAUAUUUUCAUGGAAACUAUUUACAGGAUGGGACUAUAUGAUAGGCCACACAGAAACAUCUCAAAAUAGAACAGCUUCAAUUAUUUUAGGUUUUAAAGAGGCUUUACUGGAAGAAGCAGAAAAAAAUAAGGACACGAGAAAUUGGCGAAAUAUUUUGUUAAGGGUAUUAGUUAAUUUAGCUAUUCUUGGAUUGCUAGCAGCAUCUGCAUUUGCUGUUGUUCGUGUUGUUAAACGCUCAAUGGAUAUCAAAGACACAGAUUCCUGGUGGACACGGAAUGAAAUAACUGUUGUUAUGACAGCAAUAACAUUUUUCUUCCCAAUGAUUUUUGAAACGUUGGGAUUACUAGAAAACCAUCAUCCCAGGAAGCAACUCAGAAUUCAGCUGGCUAGAAUCAUGGUUUUGAAUCUCCUCAACUUGUAUUCAUUAAUAUUUGCACUAUUUGACAAAAUUAAUCACAUGACGGAAGAGCUUACUCAUAUGAAACCGUCAAAUAUAUCAUACAACAAUCUUUGCUUUAUUUCAAAUCAAAGUUACAAUUUUAUAGAAUAUCAAAGUUCCACUCUAAACAAUAUCAAAACCACUUUUUCCAAUCCAUUACCGUUGCCUUUAUUGCAAACACAGAUGUCAAAUUUGAUGGAAGAUUGUUAUAGAAUAGUCGUUGAUUGUACUAGUUCGAUAUCAAUAAAUUCUACAAUGUUGUCAACAUUAUUUUUAACAAAUAUAACAACAACGACUCUUCCUGACGUUACAAGUAUGAAUUAUGGUCAACUUAAUCGAAAUAUUGGCUAUAGUAACGAAUCUGUUCUAACAUUAAUCAAUGAAACAUCUGAUAGCUUUUCGUCCACAACAUUCAAAAUGACAGAUGUUGAAUACGACUUCAACUAUGACGAAGAUAAUGUAGCUUAUUAUCUGGAACAAAAAAUGCGAAAUCUUCCAAAUGAUCGCUUUGAUGAUAUUCUUAUCAACAAACGAGAAAUCGAUGGGAAUGGUAACACAACAAUGACUCCAUCAGAAGAAAACCGUUUAUUGGAAUUAGUCACUCAAGUUGUUCAAACUACAAACAAUGAUGAAUUACAAACUAUGACCUACACUGAACUACAGGCGUACAUAACGGGAAAGUACGACGAUUUUCUAGAAUCAUAUUACUAUUCUGAAGAGGAAAAAGAAGUACAAGCAAAAGAAAUGUUCAACAACAAAACAUGCUUCCGUUGGGUAUGCAAAAACGUAACCGCAUCUACUACAGAAGCAGCUAAUUACUACAACGAUCGCACUACCAAAAUUCAAGAAAAAGAUUCAACUAUCAGUAAUACUAUUCAACCCACAUUGUCUACGGACAUCGAAAAGGAUGCAUUUGCCAAGAAAGAACGCAAAUUUAAAAAUGCUGAUAUACGCACCUUGUGUUGGGAGACUAUGUUUGGCCAAGAAUUAGCCAAACUAACCAUAAUGGAUUUGCUGAUGACAAUACUUUCAACUAUGAUAUUAGAUUUUUUUAGAGCUUUGUUUGUUAGAUAUUUGAAUAAUUGCUGGUGUUGGGAUCUGGAGAAAAUAUAUCCAAAGUACGGAGAUUUCAAAAUAGCUGAAAAUGUAUUGCACUUGGUGAAUAACCAAGGAAUGGUAUGGAUGGGAAUGUUUUUUUCACCGGGUCUUGCUGUUCUUAAUAUAUUGAAGUUGAUAGUAAUAAUGUAUCUUCGCUCAUGGACUGUACUUACAUGUAACGUGCCUCAUGAAGUAGUAUUUAGGGCCUCACGAUCGAACAAUUUUUAUUUCGCUCUACUUCUCACAAUGUUAUUCUUAUGCGUCCUACCCGUGAGUUACGCAAUUGUAUUUCUGGAACCAUCUUGGCAUUGUGGACCAUUUUCGAAUUCAAAACGAAUCUAUCAUCUACUCACAAAUGCUACAGAAAACAUUGUACCAGAAGUGAUUACAAAAUAUAUCGUUUCACCGGCUGCUAUUAUUCCUUUACUGGUUCUUCUUAUACUAAUUAUAUAUUACCUCAUAUCGUUAACUGGAUCAUUGCGAGAAGCAAACCAAGACCUUAAAAUGCAACUCAGGAAAGAACGCACGGAGGAAAGACGUAAAAUGUUCAAAAUCGCGUCUAGUCAAAACCAGCCCCAAGAUGACGGUAUGAAUGGAUUGUCAAUAUCAUGGCAUAAAGUAUUGAACUCAACAAAAUUACGAAUCAACUCUACGGCAAGCGAGAAUAGUGAAAACGAUAACAUAAGUUCGAAACACCGUGAAUUAAUGCAAAGAAUGAUGAAAAAAGCAUUGUUAAAAGAGCAUGGAGGUGAAAAACAUAGAUCGGUAGUCGAUAGCUCACCAGACGGAAUGAAUGAUCUUACAUCAAUGAACCCUGUUGAUAAAAAUUACUCAAUCACAAGUAAAAUUAAGAAAACAUCGGAAUGGAUCGAUACAAAUCCUAUUAUAACAAUAAGUAAAACUUCAAGUGAUGAAUGCAUGAUAGAUUCAGAUAUUGAAGAUCUUAGUGAAAAUGUAGAUACAUGUAAAUGAAGGCAAUUUUUUGUUAAUAUAGCACAUUAUUAGAAUUUGUUUAAUAGCAUAUGUAAUAGUGUCUCGAAUACUUCUGGUAAUUCACAAAUAAAUAUAU